GAAUCAGUCGGAUUACAGGGAGCGGAGGAGAAGCGCUUAGACCUCGAGAAGAACUAAACCGAUUAUUUACAUUUUCUUUCGGAUAAAUACAGUCUGGAGGUGUUUACGCGGUUUAUACAAUAAUAAUAAUAAUAAAAAGAAAGGAAAGGUAGUUAUUCUGCGGUAUUGUGUAUUGAUGAAGGUCCUCAGCAGGUGGGAGUGUUGUGGACUGGAGUGAGGUUUCACACAGAAGGACCGUUACUGAGGAACAUCUUUGAGGAACAUGGUGGACUUUCUGCCUUUCUCCUGCUAUUGUUUGUGUCUUUUUCACAUUCAGAAGAACUUCUAAACCACUGUGAAGCUCUCCUUAUACACACAGCAGAAAGUUUUGAUCUCAGGACGUGGUGUUGGUGUGGAAGUUGACCAUGACGGAUCUCAGGUACUCCAGUUUGGAUGAAACUGCUCUUCAGAAACUGCUCGACGGCACUGUGGACAUGAGCGAGCGACGGCUCAUACGCUCAGCUAUCAGAGAACUACGCCGCCGCGAGAUCGAAGACCUGGAAGCAGCGCUCACCAAUAAGAGAUUCAGACGAGCCCAGGAGCACAGACACGAUGAUAAAGAAAACCAGCAUCGGCCUGAUCUGGCAGCAUCCUCAGACUUGCUCUCUAGGAAGCUUCAGGACAUUCGGGACAUUGAUGAGCUUUCUGUGAUGCUGCGAGGUAGCACCGAGUUCGAAGAGAGGAAACUCAUCCGUGCAGCGAUUCGCAGACUGAGAGAUGAGGAGAUUGAGGGUGCACUAGAGAAGGUUCAUUUAACCAGGCAGCAUAUGGAGAAGCAACAAAAGCCUCAAAGAAACUUGGACAUGGAGGACGCACUGAAGGACAUCGUGGACAAGCCUGAGCGUAGCGAGAAAGUCCACAAUCAAACGCUGAGCGAAGAGGCCCCUAAAACAGGCUCAAACUCUGACAUGGUGUUAGUUUUCGACCCGCUCCAGGAGAAGGUGUCCUGCCCUCUGACCACCCGCUCUGUGCUCGACUCUCCUUCCUCCGAUGUCAUUCCCCGGUACCGGACACAUUCCAAUUCUAGCGCCUCGGGGCGGAGUCACGGUUCUCACAACUGCUCCAGAGAGUGCACUCCAGAGCACGUGGAUGAGAGGCCUGCUGGAUCCUCACUGAGCACCGAUGCAGAGAACGAUGCUCCCGCCGAGCCGUGUUCUCCCCCAUCGAACAGCGAAGACGCCCUCGACGGCGCCGUGAUCUCUAUACAGAGACGAGGCGCCGUCAAAAACCCGUCUGAAGACAGCGUGCUUAAGCAGAAGGACAUGUUCAGGACAAACACUCCACAGUUUCCUGUUAAAAAUGAUGCAGUAUUUGCAAACAAAGCGUUGUCAUACUCAUCGCUCAACCGAGCGUGCUCAGUCCGCGACCGAGUGCGCAAAUUUACAGAACCCGCAGUAGCCUUCGCCGAGCAAAGGAGUGUGCAGAGAAGUACACACAAAGGAACCUCAUAUGAUAACACAGUCGGUGCAUCGCUGUCUGGUCCAGCCCACUCCGAGCCUGGAGACAACUCUCAGGACACCUCUUCAUCCUUUCCUUCCUUCUCACAGUCCACUUCUCCAGACAUAGGGGUAAAUCUAGACCAAUCACAGCCUGAAGUGGGCGGGCCGCAGAGUUCUACUGAAAAUGACAGGAGUGCGUACAGCAGCCCAGAAGAGGUCGAGAGUCCCAGAGGAAUCGCAUCAUCAGACACGCAGGAAGUCCAGGGAGAUCCUGAGUCCAACAUGAAGGCCUUCCUGACCAUCGAGAUCAAAGACGCAAGAACCUCAACUACUCAGACAUCGUCAUCAUCUUCAUCCACGUCGAUGUCUGGCACCAUGCCACGGCUCCUCAGUGGCUCUGCUGCACAGAGAGCAGAGCUAACACUUGGUCUGAGAGCAGCACCAUUCAAGUUCAGCACCCCAAACCUCUCUACAGGAUCGUCCCUCAAGAUGGAAACAGAGCCUGUGUUUUCACUCGAACCUGCUCUCCAUACAGCGAGUGAAGCUCCACUCGUCCAGAACGGUUCCUCAGUGUCCCAGCUGAAGAAAGACACACACAGCGUCACCGUGAGCAGCAGCGGCGGCGGCACGCUCACCUCCGAGCAGCUCGAGGCCAUCGAGGACGAGGAAAUCCUUGACAAAAUGCUUGACGACUCAAAAGACUUUGAGGAGAGAAAAAUGAUCCGAGCAGCCAUGAGAGAGCUCCGAAAAAAAAAAAGAGAGGCCAGAUUGGGAUGUUCACAGGAGGAACUCGACCAAAGGGAGAAGGAGAGGGAUCUGCGUCUGCAGGAACUGCGUCAGCAGAGAGAUGACAAAGCACAGAGGAACCGUCCAGGCACAGGAGAGGAGGUGGUGAAGAAAGUUGAGAAGUCGGCUGACGGCUCCACCGUCAGCGAGAUCACCAAAACCAACCGCUUCGCACAAUCAGGCAGUGGCAGCAGGAUGACUCGCAGCACAAUCAUGGAAACCACGUACACACAGAA